AUGAUGCUGUCAGACGGCCUGCUGGGCGCGCGUGGCCCGCGGCAGCUGCAGAAGCAGCGGCGGGAGCAGGAGCUGCAGCAGCGCAGGCUCUCGGCCGCCGCCACCGCCGCGGCGCAGGCGGCGGAAGGGUGGGUGCGGCGGGCGCGCGACCACUCGAUGGUGCUAUUCCCGCAGCUUCCCGCCAGCUGCCGCGCGCCCCCGCCGGCCUGGUGGGCGCUGCCGGCCUGCGCGCUCGGCGGCGAUCCCCCACAGAGCGCCCGCGCCGCGGGGCUGCCGCCGGCCCCCAUCAAGGUCUCAAUCGGGCAGCCGCUCGCGGCGCCCGGCCCCCUGGCUUUGCGCGCCGCCCAGCGCCACGCGCCGCACGUGUCUGCGCCUUCGCUGGACCUUCAGCGGGACGCGUUCGGGUGGCUGUCAGACCCGCUGUCGUUUGCUGCGCGCCGCCUCGCGCCGCGACUCGACCUGCGGCGCUGGGCGGCAAUGCGGCGCGCAUCGCUCCCGUCCGCCGGCGGGCCGCUGGUGUGCGGCGGCAGCGGCAGCGGCAAGAGCGCGCUGCUGCACCUGCUCGGAGCGUCGCUGCAGGCGCGCCCCGGGCCCGUCGGCGGCGACGCGCCCGUCGAUGCCGCCACGGGCGCGGCCGCCGAGCGGACGGCGCCGGCGCACGUGCUGGUGGUGUCCUGCCGCGGCCUGGCCGGCGCGCGGUUCGAGCGCGCGGCGGGCGCCAUCGGCGCGGCGGUGGCCGAGGCGAUGGGCGGGUGCCCUGGGGCGGUGCUCCUGGAUGAUCUGGACAUGCUGUGCCCCGCGCCAGGGGACGGCCCAGAGCAGGCGUCGCAGGACUCCGAGACGGCGGUGCGCUUGGCGGAGUGGCUUACAGACCUCAUGCGCUGGGCCGGCACGCAGGCGCGCCCCAUCGCCUUCGCCGCCUCCGCCCGCGACGCCGCUGCGCUGCCGGCCAGCCUCCGCCAGGCCGGCUGCCUGGACUGCGAGCUGCGCCUGCCGGCCCCCGGCGCCCCCGGCCGCGCCGCCAUGCUGCUGCGCGGCAUACGCGACCGCGGCUGCGCGCUCCGCGCGCCCGUCGCCGCGGGCGCGGCGGCGCCUGACGCGGAUGCGGCGGCGGCGGCGGCGGCGCUGGCGGUGUCCGAAAAGGCAGAUGGUUUUGAUGCGAAGGACCUGCAGGCGGUGCUGGACAGGGCGGUGCACUUUGCCCUGCGGCGGCAGCUUGCAGGCGGCGGCGGCGGCGGCUUGCGAGGCGGCACUGUCUCACCUGCUGUUGUCAAGCAUGGUGGUGGCGGCGACGGCGACGAUCUGGGUGCGGGCACAAAUGCGGGGGCGGCAGGCGGCCAGCAGCAGCACACACACUUACAGCAGGAGGGACCGCAGCAGCAUCAGCAGCAGCGAGAGCAGCAGCAGCAGGAGGAGCAGGAGCAAGGUGGCCUGGUGCUGACGCCUGCCGACCUGGAGUCGGCGCUCGAGGGCUUCGUGCCGGCCGCGUUCCGCGGCGUCGGGCGCACAGGCGGCGGCGCGCGCGGGGGCGGGGGCGGCGGCGGCGCGCCUGAGGGGUGGCAGGAUGUCGGUGGCCUGGCUGGGGCCAAGGCGGCGCUGACUGAGGCCCUUGAGCUGCCAAUCAAGUGGCGCCACCUCGUGUCGCGCGCGCCGCUGCGGCUGCGCACAGGUCUGCUGCUGUACGGCCCGCCCGGCUGCGGCAAGACGCACGUCGUUGCCGCGGCAGUGGCGGCGGUCGGCGCGCGCCUCAUCACCGUCAAGGUGAUGCCCGCGCCUGCCACCCCCCCUCCCCCCUAG